AUGACCAAAUCGUACAGUGAGCACGGGCUGAUGGGGGAGGCCCAGCCGCAAGGGCCCCCCAGCUGGGCUGACGACCGCCUCAGCUCGCAGGACGAGGAGCACGAGGCGGACAAGAAAGAGGAGGAUCUGGAGGCGAUGCACGCCGAGGCCGAGGGGGACUCGCUGAGAACCGGCGAGGAAGAGGAGGAAGACGACGACCUGGACGAGGAGGACGAGGAGGAGGAGGACGAGGACGAGGAGGACGAGGAGGAAGACGACGAUCAAAAGCCCAAGCGGCGCGGGCCCAAGAAGAAGAAGAUGACCAAAGCUCGCCUGGAGAGGUUCAAGCUGCGCCGCAUGAAGGCCAACGCCCGCGAGCGGAACCGCAUGCACGGCCUCAACGCAGCCCUGGACAACCUGCGCAAGGUGGUGCCCUGCUACUCCAAGACGCAGAAGCUGUCCAAGAUCGAGACGCUGCGCCUGGCCAAGAACUACAUCUGGGCCCUCUCCGAGAUCCUGCGCUCGGGCAAGAGCCCGGACCUGGUGUCCUUCGUGCAGAGCCUCUGCAAGGGCCUCUCGCAGCCCACCACCAACCUGGUGGCCGGCUGCCUGCAGCUCAACCCGAGGACCUUCCUGCCCGAGCAGAGCCAGGACCUGCCGCCCCACAUGCAGCCGGCCGGCGCGCCCUUCGCGGCCCACGCGUACGCCUACCAGUCGCCGGGGCUGCCGAGCCCGCCCUACGGCACCAUGGACAGCUCCCACGUCCUGCACGUCAAGGCGCCGCACGCGUACGGCGCGGCGCUGGAGCCCUUCCUGGAGAGCGCGCUGGCCGAGUGCGCCAGCCCGGCCUUCGACGGGCCGCUCAGCCCGCCGCUCAGCGUCAACGGGAACUUCUCCUUCAAGCACGAGCCCUCCGGCGAGUUCGACAAGGGCUUCGCCUUCCCCAUGCACUACGCGGCCGCCGGCCUGGCGGGCGCCCCGGCGCACGGCCCGCUCUUCCCGUGCGCCGCCGCCGCCGCCGCCUCCCGCUGCGAGAUCCCGCUGGACGCGCUGCUGCCCUACGAGGGCCACGCGCACCACGAGCGGGUCGUGAGCGCGCAGCUCGGCGCCCUGUUCCACGACUGA